UAGUCUGCAAUGUAGACAGAGGUCUAAUGGUAAAGAGGAAAGGAAAAUAUGGUUGAAAUGAGAGAAUGAUAAAGAAAAGAAGCGCGCACUCACCCAGACGUCAACCCGCUCUUCGAAAGCAAAACACGCAAAGACAAACAUCUGAUUGUUGUCUCAAGAUCCACGCAGACUUCUCCGAGUUUCAUGAACUUCAUAUUUUGCUUUAAAAUUUCAACGCACUCUAUGCGUUGGAGUUCCAGUUGUAAUGCUAUAUAGUGUCAUCAUAUUACCGAUCUGACGUUAUGCCGGCGUUUCGACAAGCUGGCCAAAAAACCUUCAUUACCGUGGUGCUUAUAGCUGCAGUAGCAGUUUCAGCUGUGGGACAAAAUUUAAUCCAGCAAUGCAUUCUGAAUGCAAGCGCGCCUUACCAACCUCAUACGCCGCUCAUCCCUUGUGACAAUCUGCCUUUAGAUUUCCUUGAGUGCUCCGAACCUUUAGACCUCAAGGGCAAUGAGACUGCGCGACAGGAUCUUGGCUAUGGUUGUACAAAAUGGGGUGGCAAUCGGUACGAGGAAGUUCAGAUGACGGCGGUGAAUUGCAGUGUGUUGCCCAAUAUCGAGUGCUGGGGAAAUCGAACGUUUCAUCGCGAAGGAUUUCCCUGCCUUAAGUAUUCAGGUCACUAUUUUGUGACGACGUUACUAUACUCAAUACUGUUGGGUUUUCUUGGCAUGGACCGAUUUUGCCUAGGACAUACGGGUACGGCCGUCGGUAAAUUGCUCACAGUUGGUGGCCUUGGCAUUUGGUGGGUUGUUGAUAUCGUUUUAUUAGUUACAGGUAAUUUGAUGCCAGAAGACGGCACCAAUUGGAUGCCGUACGCAUAAACAUCGGCACGCAUUGUUCGAGCGAUAUUUUGGACCUCCUACUUUCUCGUUAACUUAGAGUUAGCGGUAGUUAGCCGAAAAGCGGGUUUACUAACCUGGAUGGUAGUUGAAAUUUAACUUGCAAGUCUCAGGACUCAAAAAAUGCCUAACCUUUGAAAGAAAGGUGGUAUUUGUGUAUAUGUGAAGAGUUAUGUCAGCCAUUAGAUGUGAAUAUUACAGUUAAGAGUAGAAACUCAUAGUUUCACUAAUAAAGAAUAGAUAUAAUAACGUCAAUUCAUAACUUCGUUAGCAAAACGAAUCUUAAUGCAUCGAAAGGGCUUUCGCUAGACAUACACAUGCAAUUAAUGUGAUGAGGCAAUUAAAAGUACAUUAUCAACAUCUCAAACUUAACAUGAAGUCGACCAACAUUCUGCGUACAUAAAAAAACCUAUUUAUAAAUAUUUAGCAAGAUAAAGAUAUAGGAAACUUCACUGAAAAAUAUUGCAAGUCAACUAAGUACUCGACCUAUUUGUAUCGUGGCAGGUAUUAUGCAUGUUAAUUACUAUUCAAGUAGGUCUAAUUACUACAUAGACAAUAGGCAUGACAAUUAUCAAUUUUUCUAGCAUUUUCAUUUCAUUCAUUUUUCCUUACGUUCUGACGAAGCUUUUGUGAUGCCAUCUAAUAUGCACAAUAUAUUAUAGCUUUAAGGCUGAAUAUUACGCAUUAUAGAUCGGAUAAACGAACACAAAUAAACCUUCAUACUCGAUACG